AAUAAUUGCAGUCUUCCUCCGAUCUUCUGAAACUCUACAUUCUAUAUUGUCUGUUACAAGACUAAAUUUGUUAAAAAUGAGAGGAAAGCUAUUUUCGUUGAUUUUAAUAACUGUUCUUCUACAAUGUAUCAAGAUACAUGAAGCAGUCCCCGUACCUGAAACUAGUGUUGAACAAAGUGUCAAAUCGUUAAAGUUUGAGUUUGAAACUAAAAACUCAGAAGAAGACAAUGAACAUUAUAAAGAAAUUAUGGCGCUACUAGAUGAUGAUUUACCUGACCUAAUCAAAUAUUUUGCUACAGAGGAUAAGAAAAUAAUGACAAGUGUUCUAGAAAAAACUGAUACCGCAGAUAUGACGGAUGCAAUGAAAGAAGAACGAAAAUCUAUCGAAGAUAUCAUAAAUAGUAUGAAGGAUUUUGUGACAUCAACAUCCGACAAUCAAUUAAAUGAAUUGUAUUUAAUUUUUAAAAAGUCCCUACGGGUGAUGAAGAAAUAUGAUUUUGUGCAUUUGAAAGAUCCAACACCUGAACAGUUAACCAUAGCUAAUGUGAUGAAAGAUAAUGGAGCAAGAGAACUAGUAAUGGAAUUCAAACGGCGACUAGAUAUAUUUGCUGCAAAAAUAAAUACAGCAGUACUUGGUUUUACAAAGGAUUACAAACCGGAAGAUCCAAAUGUUGUGGCGCAGGUGGAAAAUUGGCAUAAGUACUAUGAAGAAACUAAAUGUUUAUUUAAGAAGUUCGAUAUUUUUGCCAGUUUCAUGGAGACAAUUCUAAAUUAAUUUGUUACAACGAAGAAGAUAGGUGUGAAUUAUUAUAUAUUUGAAAUAUAUUGUAUAAAUUUUUUUGAAAUUCUGUAUGAAUCAUUUAUUAGUUCUUAAAAACUCAACAAGACUAAACACUUUUUUAUAAAAUA